UUUUAUUUGAACAAGUUCAGCGGAUUAUAGCCAGGGCGUGUCAAGGUUGUAUUUUAUCCCAAUCUGUAUCAAAUUCGAAACGAAUAUAAAAGGGCGAAGCGACUUGUGUUUGUCAGUGGAAAUCGUCCAGUCAACAAACAAUCAUCAUGAACUCAAUCGCUGCCGUAGUUUUCUUUGCCGUCGUUGCCGCCGCUAGCGCAGGCAUAGUAGCUCCCAGUGGUUUGAUUGCCACCUCCUAUGGUGUACCAGCCCUUACAGCCUACUCUUCACCCCUUGCCUACAACGCACAUUUGGCUUACAACACACCUUUGGCAUACAGCGCGCCUUUGGCUUACUCCGCUCCUCUUGCUGCCUCUACCUACACCGCCUACUCUUCUCCAAUUGCCACCGUUGGACAUUCUUCUGAAAAUACUGUGAUCGCUGGACCAUCUGGCACCAUCACCAACACCAAGAGCGUUGCUACCCCAGCAAUUGCUGCAAGAUACGCUGUUCCUAGCGCUUACACUUAUGGAGGUCUCUACUUGUAAAUGAAUUUCUGUGAAUAGAUUUUUUAAUUUUCAA